CCUUAGGAUUUAGUUGUUAUAAGAAGGUGGGGCGGCAGGAAAAAAAAACGUCGCAAGAAAGGGAAGGAAGGAGUCUCGGCGGCAGCAAGGAAGGGAGAGGGGACUUCGACCUUGGAGGGAAGAACAAGCCAACACCAAGUCUCCGAGCACCAAUGCACCUCUUAAAACCCUUUCCUUUCCACUCGUUUUGGUCUAUUUCGCAGCAAUUUUUUUUCUUUUUCCUCAGAAUUUCUUUCGACUCUUUGGAGCCUGUAGAUGCAGCAGAUUUUGAGGGAUUUCUAGGUCAUCCACAGCAGGUUUUUGGAGAGGAAUUUGCAGGUUAAGAGCAGCAAGUACUGCUUCCUUUAUAGGUGAAAGAACUGACGAUGUUGGAGGCUCGGACUCUUGAUCGGACUGGGCUGGACAGUACAUUCCCAAGGACCUUAUAAUUCCGCAUUAAGAAUGAAUAAACAGUGAUUAUGAUGAAGAAAGAAUAAAGUAGUAUCGAGUAUAGUUGUUCUAAGAUGGUUGUCUAAGUUUAGGAACUUUUUUUUUCAUGGUACCUGUAAUGGAUUUAAGUGUAGGAGUAUGGUUUAUUAAUUGCAAACAAUAUUUCUUAUUUUUAUUGGAUAUGUUUAAAAAAAAAUUGGGUCGUUUCAGUUGGUAUCAGAGUAAGGAUCUUGUAAGGGAUGCGUACUGCCAGUUCUGGGAGGUUCACGAGCCGAGCCUCAAGUCUGUAUGCCGCCAAGACGAGUCUAUCAAAGGCGUAGGGAGAAUGGUCGUGAUGGGGGAGAACGUGAGGAGGAGAGACAUGCGGCGCCCGAUCCCCCAUCUCCGCUACCAGAUGCUACUACUCGUAUACUGGAAGGAAUGACUCGACUCUUGGAGCAGCAUACCGGUAAUGCCCAUAGGGGGCGACAGGAAGAUGUGUAUGUGCAAUUCAGGAGGAUGGACCCUAAGGAUUUCGUUGGCACUACCGAUCCCUUUGUAGCUGAGGGGUGGAUCCGAUCCUUAGAGGUGAUAUUCCGAUACAUGGAUAUGGCUGACAAAGACAGAGUCCGAUGUGCUAUAUAUCUGCUGAAGGAUGAUGCUUCUCUAUGGUGGGAGGGAGCUGAAAAGGGGGUUAAUCAGGAUAUCCUGACCUGGGAGGAGUUCAAGAGGAUCUUCUACGAAAAAUACUUCACCGCUAACGUGAGAUCGAGAUUGAAGAGGGAGUUUAUGAGUCUCUGGCAGGGAGACCUGCAUGUUGUUGAUGAGUUUGUCAAGAAGUUUGAUAGAGGAUGUCAUUUUGUGCCCUUAAUCGCAAAUGAUGCUAAUGAAAAAUUGAGGCACUUUUUGGAUGGUCUCAGGCCUACCAUCCGUCGGGGCGUUCUGUUGGCUGAUUCAAUUGAAUAUAAAGAUGUUGUCACUAGAGCUUAUAGAGCUGAGCAAUCUUUAAAGGGCAUCGAAUGGGAGGUGCAGAGGAAGAGACCCCCUCCACAACAACAACAACAACAUAAUAAGUUAUACACUGGACCUCAGAAAGGACAGGGACGAUUGAAGCCUCAAGGGAGCACAAAGCAACAAUCACAGGGAGCAACUACCUCAAAGACAGAGGAAAAAUCAUUGUGCUGGGAGUGUAAUCGCCAACACUACGGUCAAUGUCUGUGGGGUACCUACAAGUGCUUUAAAUGCGGAGGGGAUGGACACAAAGCUAAGGAAUGUCUAAAACUGCAAGAACCUAUGGCAGGACGGGUCUUUGUGAUGCAUGCCAAGGAAGCGGAGUCAGACACUACGCUUGUUACAGGUAACUCGACUAAUUUCAUGUACUUAUUGCCUAGUGUGUAAAUGUUAAGCAUGGGUGAUUAGAAUUGCAUGUCUCAAGACAAGAGAUAUAGGGUACCAAACAUAAAUGGAAGUAUUCGAAACUUUUAAAAGGGGUAAUGGGUUUUCGGGAAUUGUAAGCUUAAAUGGAUAUAAUGGUAUGGUUGUCACAGGUAGGAUAUCUAUCGCGGGUGUAACUACAUACGCCUUGCUAGAUUCGGGAGCUACACACUCAUUAAUAUCGGAGACCUUCGUAAAGCGACUAGGGAUCUUACCGAGGGACAUGGGGAAUGGAUUCAGAGUCACCGGACCCUCUGGCGAGCAGAUGUUAUCCACCAAGAUGGCAAAAGACACGGAGCAUAGACUACAGGAGCAUGUGAUUCAGGCGGACCUCAUAGUGUUGCCAAUGCCUGAGUUCGAUAUUAUUCUGGGAAUGGAUUGGUUAUCACAGAAUGGAGCUUCGAUCGAUUUCCGACAAAGGUCGAUAUCCGUUCGACCAUCCCACGACGAGUCGUUCAUUUUUUAGGUAGCUUAUGAGGAGGGGCUGCCAAGGAUUUCUAGCCAAUGUCGUUUCGAUGCCAGAUGCAGUCAACCAGAAGAUGGAGGACGUCGAAGUCAUGCGAGAAUUUCCUAGCGUAUUUCCUGAGGAUGUCUCUGCAUUCCUCUGGAAAGGGAGGUGGAGUUUUCCAUCGAGCUGAUGUCGGUUACGGUGCUAAUCUUUAAGGCAUUGUAUCGUCUCGCUCCGGCAGAAAUGAAAGAACUAAAGGAGCAGAUUCAAGAACUACUAGAUAAAGGAUUCAUUCGCCCAAGCUUUUCGCCAUGGGGCGCAUCGGUACUAUUCGUGAAGAAAAAAGAUAAAAAUAUGAGGCUCUGUAUCGAUUAUCGAGAAUUGAAUAGAGUGACAAUGAAGAACAAGUAUUCUUUGCCCAGGAUCGAAGAUUUAUUUGAUCAGUUGCAAGGGGCGUCGAUAUUCUCGAAGAUAGAUCUCCAAUCAAGGUACCAUCAGUUGAGGGUAAAAGAAAUUGACGUGCAUAAGAUGGCUUUCAGGACUCGAUAUGGACAUUAUGAGUUUAGGGUGAUGCCAUUCGGAGUGACAAAUGCCUCGGCAAUCUUCAUGGA